AUGAUUGAACAGCUGGUAAUCCGCGGCUUCCGCGACGGAUGCGAACUAGUUUCAGCGGGUACGGAGCGGCGAAGUCAAGGGCUACACUCCACCGACGAAUGGGAUAGAUUCGAGGGACGAUUUACAAAAUCCAUGAAGGCCCCCUGCGUGGUAGAGGAGGCCAUCAUAGUCACAGCCUCACUGUGGCGUGGCACUUCGCUUCGUAGGUCAUCUUCACAACCUCGAAGUCGAUAUUUUAGACGAUUUACGCACAUGUCUCAGUUGCAACCAGCAAUGUGUGACGACGUGCUCACCGGCGCGACAAGGCCCAGCGUCGGAGCUAAGGUGUCAGGGGAAAAGCGAAAAGAAAUCCACAAAUUUCUGGCAUGA